AUGAAAGAAGCCGGAGGUUUUUUUACCGUCAGCUGCACGGAUCGCGGGGGUGUUGGGUCAUCGCAGGCCUCAUCGUCCGUUGGCAAAGCAGACAACAGUCCCACGUCCGGUCAAUUCUCCACGCCAACUGACAGCAGUAAGGGUUCGGAAAAGCAAAUGCAUCCCGGCUCCGUGCUGCCAGCGGCGGGGACGAGUGGUGGUGUGUUUAUUGCGGAAAAGAACACGGGGUUCUCUGUUGUGGCAGGUAACGUUCCACCGAGUAAUUGGCAGACGGGGAGCAACGCCCACUGGCCACAAUCCAGUGGGAAAUCAACGUUGUUCAAAUCCACACUGAAUCCGGACGCUAAGGAAUUCCAGUUGCCGUCUGGUCAAGGGAAUGAUGCAUUGGCUUUGACACAUGCGUCCAUGUUUAAUCCAUCGCUGACGCACGGUGUUAAAUCCUCGACGUUUAUGCCGCUUUUUGCAAUGCCAUCAACAACAACGCCAUGGAAAACGGGCAGCGCUGUCAGCUCAGAAGCGAUCUUUGUUUCCGGAAUUCGGGCGGAUGCAAUGAAGUGGCCACAGGUGUCCGUGCAUACAAGGCCUUUUGCAUCACGAGACGCUGCCGGCCCACCGCCAUCUUUACUGACGCCACGCACGAUUACACGACAAGUCAUGGAAGAGUACGCUGAGGUUUGCCGCAGCAAAGGGUACCACAUUGUGACUGUCUUCAACCUGGAACCACGCACCACACAAGAGGAGUUACUGGCCAUCUUUUUUCCAAUGUGCGCCCAGAGUGCAGAGUUGCUACCAAUACAUUGUUCACCGCGGAGCAAUCGUCGUUCUGGAGUGGUGUUUUUUCUUUCCAAGGCCAUUGCACUGAUGGCCGUGGAAAAGUUGGAUGGUUUUGUUCCAAAUAAACAGCACCAGCCACUCACAGUGCUGUAUUCCGGUCCGGACACAUCGGAAACCGGAACACGAGAAUCAUCGAUUCUUUCUGCGAACUCACCCCAAUCUGUGAAAUCCGCCCACCAGCAGGCUCAACUUUUGCCGCAACCGGCGCCAGAGACAGUGACAUCCGGUUCACCACAAAUGUGGCGUCAUCCCACCGCUGUGCAAAUGGAUCAAUUACACAAAGAAAUGUGGCAGUUUGUGAAGAGCACGGCGUCUUCUUCCUCUUCAGGGGUAAUGAAGCAUGUUGUGGCUGUCCAUGGUCUGACUCCAGAGAAUGCGCAGAGUGUAUUACUGUGGAAUUUUAUCAAUAAAGGUGCGGAGCGGUAUGAGUUAUGGCCGAUGAAUGCCUCUGGCCUUUCCUCCGCUACUAUGCCAUUCAAAGGUAUCAGUGCUUUGGUUUGGUUUUCACAAGAGGCAGCAGCGAAGGAAGUGGUGGCGUGGUUUGAACAACAACGUCGAGAGGGAGGUCAAGCACUGCAGAUUGAUGCCGUAUACCUCAAUAAACUGGAUUUUGCCCAUGAGAACUCUUCGGUUGGCAAUGCUCAGUUACGCAAUGGCGUCCAUGAUGCCAACAAUAACGGUCAGCUGACUGCUGUGGCUUCACCUUCUCAUAUGGCGAUCAUUGAAAAUAUUGAUGCAUUCUUUUUUCGUGAGUAUGACGACCCCAAGCUGUACCUUGUUGCCGUUCACAAUCUCUCACCAAACACGGACAAGAAGGCGCUGUUUAGCCUUUUUUCCCCUCAUGGGGCUCUUGAUGCGGAAGUGUAUCCCGGCAUUGUUGAGUUUGCGGGUGAGCUUCGUCGUAGUGGUGUGGCGUUCUUUGACAAUGAAUUUAUGGCCCGUAAGGCCGCGGAAAAGCUGAACAGCUUUGUUCCUUUUAAGCAGCCGAAUCCGCUUGUAGCGCGCUACCUGAAAAAAGUUUGGAACUCACGCAUGAUGACGCCCUUGGACUGUGCCUCGUCGUCCUUUGGAAUGGCUGAGAGUGUGGCCGUUGCAGCUUCCGGCAUAAAAUUAAACGAUAUGGUUGUGUCUGUGAAGAAGAUGUUGUACGCCCCUGUCUUGGAUGGGGAGAGGCUGAUGGAGAAGAUGCUGCUGGUGAUUACUCAUCCAGAUACCACAAGGGAGGUGGUUGAGCAACUCGCCUCUGUCAUUGUCGAGGCGCUGACUGCAAUGUCGCACCAUGCCGGAGCACUCUCUACACCAUUGGUGAAUGCACUGAUGUCACUGCAUGAGAAGUUAAAUAUUCCCCAAAAUGUUGUGAAGGAUUCGAAUGUGAAUGAAGCCGUUAAGAAUUCCGAGCUCAAGAAGUACAUGGCUUACAUGCAAUUGAUAGCACACACCGUGAUCAAUCUGUUUAUGGAUAAAACGAAGCCACAUGAAUCCCGUAAGGUUGCUGCCGUUUUAAGCGCGUAUCUGUUUCAGUUUUCUUACCUUGUAAAGACACCAUACGAACUCUCUGUGUUAUUGAUGAAGAAGCACGAGGCUGCUCUGAAUCGUGCUCGAGAAUAUAUGAUGAAGCGGCAUGCAAACAUUAAACCAAUGGCAUUCUUGGGAGACGGAGAGGAGGAGGAGCACAGGCCAUGGCUGACACUGAUGGAAUGCCUCGAGCAGUUGACGUCCCUUUGGCGCCAAAAUAACAAGUCACGUGCGAAAAAAGACCCCUUUCGCAAGGAAUAUGAGCAGCGGGUGAAUGAGUUUUCUCAGGGGGAAAUCUCACUUAAAGGAGGCGGUAGUUCACUGAACACAAGCACCCGUCCCACCCCCAGACGUGUGGUGGCGAAGGUAACCCCCGGGACCGGAAGUGGCGGGGGCGGAGGCAGCAGCUCUUCUCCUGGUUUAACUCAUGGAUCCUCGAACUCCUCAAGAAUUGACCCUCGCACGCUUGGAGAAAACAACAUCAUGUCCCAUGAAAUCUCACGGGAGAGCAACGCGUCUCCUGUGGUGGUGUUACCCGUCUUUUGCGCGAAUGACCCUAACCCUUCUGGUGCGAUGCGGACGGAUGAAAAUGUUUCAAUGAUUGCAUCGAAGCUAUCCCAGUAUCAAUCACAGCCGCAACAAACACUGCCACCACAGAUAUCGCGACGUGAUAUGCCUGUACGGAGUGGGCUAUCGGAGGGAUUAUGCAUGAGUGAAGCCACAAAACCAACAUUAGGCGGUUCCCGCAUAAGUGGUGGACCUGUGCAAUCUGUUUACACCCAUGCAGAACUUAUGGAACGGACUGUGUACAUCACAAAACUGCCCUCUUUCCUUAGACGUGCACAGUUUCGUCGAAUUUUGCUUCAUUUUGGGGAAUUUAACAAGGUGCGUUUAUGCCGUGAUGACAAUCAGAUUCAAGCGAAAAACGAGGCUUUCAUUUCCGCAUCGACGUCUGCUGUUUCUGCUGCCUCUUCCAGUGUUCAAGGUGCUGAGCCCUCCGUGAUACUUUACUUUAGUUUUGUGGAGUUUGCCGAGCAAAGCAGCGCCAAGGCAAUGAUUGAAUACUUUCGCAAUAUCGUUACGAAUCCGCAACCUUUCAGUUUUCUCCUUGAUAAUUCGGUGGUGUGGCCUGAGUCGAGUUACUUCACUCCACAGAACAUUCAGGCGCUUUUGAGUGUCCGAACGAGCCCCGCACGGAAUCCUAUUCACGACCAACUUCCCAUGGAUGCCGUUCUGGUUCCUACAGCAAACACCCCUCGUCAUGUACUGCGAAAUCGGCCGUGUGUCUUUGGAAUUGAUGGAGGUGAGAAGACGCUUGACGCCACUGCGGAUGCAAACUCCUCUUCGUCAUUUUCUGCGGGUGUCUUAGCAAACCCGAGUGCUGUUUGUGGCAGCAGCGGCGUGGGCGCAAGUGGCCGGAAGGUGGCGUCUGUCGUGGCCACCGCAUCGGAAUCGCUGCCGUUGCGUCCGUCGUCGACUUCUGCAUUACAGACGGAGCGAUUUCACGGCGAUGCGGCGGGGGAGGGAUUGGACCUUAACGCCAUCGUGAGCGCCGUGGCUCCAGCUGUGAUGACGAACACGUGGGUCUCGGAGACUGUGGAGCUUCCGGGUCACAACGACCACGUCUUUAAUCCGAUCCAGGGGUCGUGGCUGACGGAUGUGACCGCGUCGACGCUCGGGGGCGAUCCGUUGGCGGGCGUUACGUUCAGUGAGGAAAAUGCACAUCCCACUACAGCCCCCGCUCCCGAUGCCUGCACUGCCGAGGCGGACGGCAAGGACAUGUGGCCACCAUGCGUACCGUCGUGUUUUCACCAGUUCUUUGAUAGCGAGAGCGAUGCCGACGAUGACGACGAUGGAAAAAACAACUGA